ACACUAUAUGUAUUUCAUUCACUGACGAAAUGGCGGUCAACUUUACCGUGUAUACCCCAGAACAGUUGAGAGGAUUCGCCCAACAAUUUCUUGAAGCAUAUUAUGGCUUUUUGGAUGGACCUGCAGCAAGUAGAUCAGCGAUUGCUCAACUUUAUAACGACAACUGCCAGAUGACAUAUGAAGGUGACAAGUUUGUAGGGAAGGCUGCAGUUGAAGCAAAAUUUGCUACUUUACACAGUAUUAUGACUAUGGUGCACGACAUUUCCUCAGUUGAUGUACAAGCUGUGAGUGAAAAUGCUGUGUUCAUUGUAGUGCUUGGACAAUUUAAGACUGAAGACCAAGAACAUGCCCUUGGAUUUACGCAGACUUUCUUUGUGAUGGGUAUGAAUGGAAGGUUCAUGAUACUAAACGAUAUUUUUCGGCUUGCACUGUUUAACAAUGCCUAAAUGUACAUUUGAUACAAGCUAUAUCUUAUUUUGUGAAAUGUCAUGGAUGUGAGCAACCUUUCAGGCAGUUAAAAAUCAUCACGUCAACAUAUUUGACAGCUUCUGAAUGAAGUAGAGAUUGAAAACUACCUUGUAUUUUUUCACUGGCAUGCCUUGAUGGUUUAGGCGAUACGAAACUGGUUUAAUUCACUAACUUUCCACCAGAUGGUUAGUCUGUCAUGUGUUUUGAGGAAAAAAAGCAAGACAAUAUCAGGUACUACAUGUAUGAAGUGAUACUUUUAAAAUUUAAAUAUGAUAUUCACCAUGCAAGAACAGAAUUUAGUAUUAAGGUGUUGAUAAUGACUGAGACAUUUUACUUGAAAGAAACUUUAAUCCAACUGAAUAUCAAUAGUUGUGAAAGAAUCCGAAGUACAUUGUAAAAUGAAAAUGUUUAAAAUUGAUUUUGUUUACAUAUACCUAUAUAUGAUGCUUUUAGGUGUUUGUAGUGAAAUGAUGUAGCCACAUGUUAUUGUAGUCUUGUAUGAUGUCAGAGUUAUUUUUGGUAUGUUCUGGUUCCUUCCCAGUAUUUUAUAUUUUUAGUUCACAAGGCCUUUUGUUUCUAUAUCUUGAACAUUAUUUCUCCACACCUGUAACUACAGUCCCACUCUUAUAUGAUGCAUGAUAUCUAAUGUUUGUCCUGAACACCCAAGGAACUAAUCAGCACUGAUAAAGAGGAUGUUUUAAUGGUUUACCACUGAUAAACAGAUAUAUUUCAAGUGUGAUAUAGGUAACACUAUAUUAUAUUUUGCUUGAUUUUCAUUUAAAAACAAUUUCAUUUCCUGUUACAUUCUCAAAGUACCUGGGUGGCAAUGAUGAGAAUACUUGGAGGAUUUGUUUAAUAUCAUUUUGCAUUCAUAUUCAUAAUGUCUACAACAUGGCUUCUGUUAUGACCUGGCUAAUCAAUGCCACGCAACAAUAGAUUGGUUUUAUUUGGUAAGGUUUUACUUACACAAAUAUUUAAUCAUUUCCUGUAGUUAUUCCCUUAAUAUACUUCAAUAACCAUACUGUUACAUCAUCUGUAUUUGGACAAGUCUGAUGUUUUUUAAAGAAAUGAAUAAAAACCUGAUAGGUCAAUAUUAAAUUUGUGUAUCUCCAUGUAUUUGCAGAAUUCUUUGCACUAUUUCCAUACAGUUGAACAAUCAAAAUCAUGUGGUGUUAAAUUUUAGUUGUCUAUAUAAUGUGUCUGUUGAUAAGAAACAUUUAGGUUAUGUUGAUCGCACAGUUUUACCCGACAGUAAAUAAAACCCCUACCUGCAGAAGUUAAUCAGAAUACAUGUAUGUGCCCUGACAGAUAUUGCAAUCAUAUUUGUGCUGAUGGAAUGUUAGAUUGAUUUUAGCAAGAUUUGUGCUAUUGUUACAUUUAAAAUGUUUAUUUUAUGAAAUAUAACUCAACCUAGCUUUUGUUGCUCUCCAUAUACCGGUAGCACUGUAUUACUGACUUUCCAGUAGACUUAGAGCCAUGUGUUUUAAGUGUACUGGACCGAGAGUAAAUCUGUUUGUUUUAGGUAUGGCGAAGUAUGGCAUAUGUCCAAAUAAAAUCAUUCUGCACAAGAUCAAACAUUUUUUGUUUUUCACUACCUGUGUGCAUUUUGUAUUUUAUUUGAUUAUUCCAUCCUCAUAUUCAUAUCUGAUUAAAUAUCACCAUUGAUAAUA